AUAAAAAUGUCUUCAAACUUAAUCAGAUUUGUUGGAAAUCAUGAUAUUGCAUCGGAAGGAAAGUUUUUGUUCGAGAUUCUCUCACAACUCCGCAACUUUGGUGUCGGUCGUCUUGUUACAAAGAAUGAAUGGACACGGAAAUGGCCGAAUAAUCCGUCAUAUAUGAAGAUUUUGAGGGCAGAGCCAGGCAUGGACCGAUGGUUAUUCGAAGGAAAAGUUUAUGCUGAAUGGGUCUUUCGUGGAAAAAAUCUUGGCGUUUAUGAGUUUUCAAAGGAUUUGAACAGAAGUGACUGGCAGCUGGUACACAAACAUCAAGAAAAAUCAUAUACAUCGAGCACAACACCAAUGCAAGAUCUUGUUCUUCCCGAUUCGUUUCCAUUGCCACCACUUCAAGUUCAUUUGUCACAGAAAAGUGCUCGCAAAAAUGGUUUGGAUGAGAAAACUGUGUCAAGACGGGCUCCGCUCACACUUAGUGUCGAUCCAGAGUUCCAGCACUUGAAGCCGUUCAUCAAACAGGAAGCUCCUUCAACAAAAAGCGUGUCGAUCUACGAGGAAGUUGAUAAGAAUGCACUUUUGGAUCUUUACGGAAACGAAUUGCCAGUUAAAGUUGAAGCUUGGAAUGCAGGACCAGCAAUGUUCCAACCACGAUUUAAUGCCACAACGAUGAGAGUUGAAGAGCAACCACCGAAAUGAUUCUCUUUCAAUUUAAUUUUUUUUAAAUUUAAGUUUUCGAUUGUAGCAGUUGUUUUUAGACUUUGUUUUCUUUUUGUUCUGUUUCGUUAGAGUUUUAAAAUUAAACUAUCAUGAACCAA